AUGAUUGCCCAGCACCGACCAUUCUCCGUAUUAGCACUCGCAAGUGCCGCGGACCCUUUGCCUCAACCAAUACAUGAUCAACAAACCUCCGAUCACUCGCAGAGUGACGUUGGAGGCGAUAGACCUAAAGUCUGGGUAACUGGGUUUUCUCCUGAGCAAAGCCGCAGUACUAUAGCCCUCCGUGAGAGGAAACUCAUGGUUGAGAACUGA